GAAUAUUCUCUAUCCCUAGGGACAGCGUCGAAAACCUAGAAUACUUAACUGUCCCUAGGGAUAGCGUCGAAAAUAUAGAAUACUUAACUAUCUCUAGGGAUAGCGCUAAAACCCUAGAAAAUUUAACUGUCCCUAGGGAUAGCGCCGAAAACCUAGAACACUUAACUAUCCCUAGGGACAGCCCUAAAAACCUAGAAAAUUUAACUGUCCCUAGGGAUAGCGCCGAAAACCUAGAAUACUUAACUAUCCCUAGGGACAGCCCUAAAAACCUAGAAAAUUUAACUAUCCCUAGGGAUAGCGCCGAAAACCGAGAAAAUUCUAUCUAUCCCUAG